AUGCCACCAAACCGAAAAAAUUCAGUGAACUCAUGUACAAUAAAAAAACCAAAAACUGGUAAACAGGAAGCACUUUCACAGAAGUCAAUCGCCACCCGGAGCAGUUCUCGCCUGGCAAAAAUUGCUCUCAAAGAUUUAAAAACUGUCAGAAACACUAUCCCGAAGACAAGGAAAUUCAAUAAUCUUCAAUACAAGACCAAUCCCAAAUGGUGUGCACUGCUGACUCAAAGAGCCGGGAAGAAAUCUGUACAACCAACAGAAUACAACCCCACUGAUGAUAAUUUGGGGGAAGACGAUGUUAAAGAUGUGGUAUUGAAUGACAAUCAGGGUAUUCUUCUUUCGGAUACUGAUUCGGAUGGCAUAAGCAGCAGCAGCGCGGAGGAUAGUGAGGAUGACUAUGAAAGAGAAAUUGAGAAAAAUCCCUCAAGAAGACAACGUUUGGAUACCGAUUCUUCAGAUGAAGAAAAAAAUGAUGAAACUAGAAUUAGACUGGCUCAGACUAAUGUCGAUCGCAAAACGAAAAAGGAACGACUGUUGAAGAAAGAAAAGAAGUAUUACCAGCAAGCAUCAAAUACCGAUGAAAUCGUAUGUGAUUACGAGUCUGCUGGUCUUCCCAAGCAGAGAAGGAGACGCCUUUAUCGUAGAAAAACGGUGAAAGUAGCUGGAAACAACAAAAGACGUAGAAUAAAUCGACUUCAUCCGGAAAUGGCUAUUGAGUACAGUUGUGAUACAUUUACCAGCUUUGGUACUUCCCAACGGGAAAUCACAACUGAAAUCGAUUGGAACGACGCUGAAAUCAAUUCAAAAGCCUUGAGAAAGAUGUUUGAAGAAAUGAAGUUGGAUGACGAUUUUACAGAUGAAUCGGAAGAUGAGGCUGACAUCAUUUCACACAGUUUCGCAUAUUACCAAUCGCGAAAUGCCAGAGAACGAGUUUCGCAGAUGACCGAGCUUAAAAAUAUUCCUUACUCCGAGAAACUAGCGAGCUAUAAUUCGUAUAAAUCAAUUCAUGGCUCAAGUCGAUCUAUGGUGAAAAAUUAUCAUCCUGCACUUUUUGACAAGCGCGAGAAGCUUCCCGAAGCUCUACUAUGGGAAAAGCCAUUUACUCAUCACAUCCGUGCGUCCAUCAGGUUCGAUGCUCACGAAAAGUGCAACAAUUAUCUGAACAGAGUUUCUGAACAUAAACGGCAGGAAAAGAGAAAUACAUUGCUGGAUGAAAUCAGGCAAGUUGUGUAUGAAAAAUCUGUUGCUCAACAAUGUGCCAACAUCUGCAAACAAGAGGAGGGCGAGGUAUCGGAUCAAGCUACAACAGGAGAACAUCGAUAUGAUAAUUAUAUCGAUGAUAGUAACUACUUUAGAGGCGAUGAGUUUCUUCGGGGAGAAGAUCUCGGUUUAGCUCCUAAUGGUUUUUAA